AUGAUUCACUCGUCGAGCAUCAAUACAUUUUGUAAAACUUGUGAGCAAUUAAUAUGUGCAGCUUGCAGUGUUCACUCUCACAAAGGACAUGAUUUAUAUUUGAUUGAUAGUAUUGAGAAGGAAGAACGAGAGCAAUUGAAUGAACAGUUACAUGAUCUGAAAAAGGAAAUUGUAGAGUUUGAAAAUGAACAUGCAUUGGAUGAUUCCAAUGUGAAUAAUGAAUUGGAAAUGAUUGAGGAAAUGAAUGUGAAAUUGAAACAACAAGGUCUCACUUUGUUUGAAAGCUUAAAAUCCAUGAUUGAAACGCAACAAGAAAAGCUGAAUCGAUCCAUCGAUGACAUGUGUGAAAAGCAUAAAUUUGUGGUGCUUCAAAUUGUUGAAUUGAAAGUGAAAUUAAUGACCAUGUUGAGCGAAUUUGAUCAAUUGGAACGAUUAAGUGGCCUUGAAAUGAUGGAACGGAAAAUUGUGACAUUCAAAAAAGUGUGCGAAUUAUUUGAAGAGUUGAAAAGCAGUUGCAAAUUUGGACACAUGAGUGAAUUACAUGGCUACGAAUUGGUAGACGCUACGAGUUCUUUAAAAAUCGUUGAGAAGGAAAUUGACAAGUUCAGUAAUAUUGUACACUCGAUCAAACCAAAAACAACACCACGUAAAUUAGAUUAUGUUUCAACUUUGGUGGACAGCAACACCACAUAUGCAACAAACAAUGAACCGUUGUCGAAUCCAUACGAUGUGAAACUUUCCUAUCCUUGUAAUUGUAUACUUGUGAGCGAUUAUUUCCAGAAUAGAAUCAUGGUCUUUGAUUUGGAGACGAAACAAUUCAAGACGACGAUCAAAACUAUUCCACGACCGCACUGUUUGUGCAUUGAAACAAAUUACAAUGCUCAGUUCAACGAUGCCUUACUUGUGGGUUGUAACGAUCGAUCGGUGUACAAAUAUGAUUUGAAAUCGCUCAUUGAAGCGAGUGUGAAUAAGAAGCAGCACCAUGCAUUGAUUUGGAAACAAUCUGAUCAGCUCGAAUAUCCUUCAGGAAUGGUGGUUGCUUACCAAUACUUUCGAAAUUUAUCAAGUCCAAAAUCUCCAGUGUCGACUCGACAGCAGGACACACUGAGAAUUGUCUACGUUUGUGACUACACUAAGAAUUGCAUUCAUCUCAUAAGACUACAAGAUGGAGAAAUUAUUUCUCGUUUUGGUUUGAAUGAUGGAAUUGUAUUGCAAGGUCCUUGGGGCAUUGACAUGAACGAGCUUGGAGAACUAAUUGUGGGAGAAACAGGUUCGAAUAGAAUUCAAUUUUUGAAACCAGACGGUAUGGGUUCAUGCGUCUCUGUGAAGAGCUUUGGACAAAAUGGAAAUGGAAAUGGUCAAUUUAAUUUCUUGAGAGGAAUUGUUUACGAUCGGGCGUGCAAGCAAAUUAUGACAUGUGAUUUCAGUGGAAGGAGAAUUCAAGUGUUUGACAGAAAUGGUGAAUAUCUCACGAGUUAUUACGACCAAAUUCAAGGUCCUUAUAACUUUUGCAUCAAUGAUCUCACACGAGAAGUGUUCAUUGCAGAUUAUUCAAAGAAGAGAAUCGUUGUUUUCAAAUAA